AUGGCGGCCGGCUCCGCGGCUCCCCUCCUCGCGGCCGUCGCCUGCACCGUCCUCGUGCUCCUCGCCCCCGCCGUCUCCGGAGAUGCAGCUACGCUGGAAUCUGUUCCAGAUCUUGUGAAGGCAAUGUAUGUAAACAUUGAAAGCUUCCCUUGUGUCAGGCUGCUGAAUCUUUCUGGUGAAAUCGGCUGCUCUAAUCCUGGGCACGGCCUGGUUAUUGCACCGAUUGUAAGAUUCAAAAACAGCGAUGACCAGUUGGCUCAACCAUCUGCAGUUCUUCUUCCCUUGGAUCAGAUGCCAGCUUUCUUUCUGAGGGUAUCCAAUGAGCCAGAACUUUACCAUAAGGUUGCCGGUGUACUGGUUGAAUCAAAUGGUGACAAGUUACUAGAGUUGUCACCGGAUAGAAAAUUUCCACAAGAGGAUUUUGCACCAUACUCAAAUGUCAGCCAUGAUUGGAAUCCUGCUGGGUCAGGUAUUAUGUGGAACAGAUAUGAUUUUCCCGUGUUUCUACUUUCAGAGGAGAGCACACAGACUCUGCGAAAGAUUGCGGACAAGAAUGAGAAGUCUAACAAUGGAUAUCAAGCAAAUGUAGCAGAAUUUGACCUUGUUAUGCAGACAACUAAAGCUGAAACAAAUGGUUCAGAAUCCUGCCUCAAAGAGCAGUCGUGCUUGCCCUUAGGAGGACAGAGUGUAUGGGCUUCGUUACCACCAAUGAGCAAUGCAUCAGCAGAGCAUCAGAAACCAAUAAUAAUGGUUGUUGCAUCCCAGGAUUCUGCAUCGUUCUUUAGGGACCGCAGUCUGGGUGCUGCUUCUCCCAUAUCAGGAUUGAUUGCUUUGCUCACCGCUGUUGAUGCUCUUUCUCACCUUCAUGAUCUAGGCAAACUCAAGAAACAGCUUGUAUUUGCUGCUUUUGAUGGUGAAGCAUGGGGUUAUCUUGGUAGCAGAAAAUUCUUACAAGAACUGGAUGAAGGUGAUGAUUCUGUGAAUGGCAUUAACAGCUCAAUGAUUGAGCAGGUACUGGAGAUUGGUUCGGUUGGCAAGGGCAUACGCCAUGGAGAUACAUUAUUUUAUGCACAUGCUUCAAGGAAUUCAUCAAUUUCAAAGAAGAUUUUAGAUGGUCUCCAAAGUGGCAGUGAUUCACUUGGCUCUGAUAAUGUCAAAGUAAAACCAGCAGCUUCAUCAAACCCUGGUGUACCACCAUCUUCAUUGAUGUCAUUCAUGAGAAAGAAUACAUCAACUUCAGGAGUUGUGUUAGAGGACUUCGAUUCCCAGUUUUCCAAUAGAUUUUAUCACAGCCAUUUGGACAGCCCUGCAAACAUCAAUUCCUCAUCAAUAGCAGCAGCUGCUGCUUUGGUUGCGAGGUCAUUGUACAUUCUUGCUACUGGUGAUAUGACCGUCGAUCUCAUGACACUGAACACUAUAAAAGUGAAUGUUACACUGGUAGAAGAAUUGAUUGGAUGUCUACUGACCUGUGAUCCCGGUCUUUCUUGUGGCAUCGCGAAGAGCUUCAUUUCUCCAAGCAAUGCCUGCCCGAGUCACUAUGUUGGUGUUUUCCAGGACUCACCUUCUAGCACGCAGUCUCCUAUAUAUGCAGAUGAUACCUCCCGGUUCAUAUGGAACUUCUUGGCAGACAGAACUUCAACUUUGGCAGUCAACGCAAACUCUUGUACUGGGAAGUGCAACAACGAAAGUGAAGUAUGCGUAGGGGGAGAAGUGGAGGGUGGAGGCCUGUGCGUUGUAUCGACAACAAGGUACGUUCCUGCCUAUUCAACCAGGCUGAAGUUCGAGGACAACGCCUGGCACGUUCUACCGGCAAACUCUUCUGACCCCAUGGGUGCCGUCGACCCUGUAUGGACCGAGAGCUACUGGAACACCAUCGGCCUGAGGGUCUACGCGGUGCAGUCCACGACCUCCGACAGGCUCAUCCUUCUUGCAGGGCUUGCCGUCACCGCAGCGUCGUACCUCGGGGUGAUCGUCGGCAGAGCGUACAUCUCGAAGAUCACGAAGCGAGACUAA